AUGGCGCGGAGAGAUGAAUCGGCAUGGUUCAUUGCCGCGUCUUCAGGGAAUCUUACAUCUCUCUGCAGGAUGAUUAACACACACAAACGGUCACGGAAUGAAAUAGGCGAAACGGCGCUCAUGACAGCGGUUCGUCAUAAUCAGCUUUUAGCCAUUCAACACCUUGUUCCCUAUGAGCAUUCAUGCAUGAAUCACGAGGACUUCACUGCACUAAUGAUAGCAGUCAUUGGCGGUAACCAACAGGCAGUUGAGAUCCUUUGUGAAUAUGAAUACACUAUUUCUACCAGGACGGGCCAAACUGCGCUUAUGCUCGCUGUUGUGAUGAAUAAUCAUCAAGCAAUUUCUUCCUUGGCCCCAUAUGCUACGGGGCUCCGCGACAACCUUGGACGAACAGCACUCAUGUAUGCAGCCUUCACUGGACUUACCCUAGCUGCACAGGAACUCAUUCCCUAUGAAGCUGGUUUUACUUCGCAAUUUGGCGAUACUGCACUUUCUAUUGCAAUGGAACGUGGACACAACCAUAUCGUCGAGUUGCUCCAAUCAUAUGAAGAAUCGCCUUGUUUUGAAACUAGAUGUAAGCAUGCAUCUUUGAAUGCAAAAAGAUUGAAUCCGGAAAGCGAGCUACUAAUGAGUCCUCCAGUCCCAGUCGUACAAUCAACUCCGCUCCCAACAGUCUCUCCCCAACAAGCAGCCGUUGAUCACCAACAAUCACCAAGGACAAGAUCCUCUGAUGAUACAGAUGUAAUAAAUGAUACUAUCAGCUCCUUAUUGGUCGAUGUUUUGAUGGACAGCAAUCCUUCUUCUCAGAACUUGGCUGAUAGUUCCUUCACUAUUUAUCCGGGAGAAGCGGCUAACAUUGUAGAUAUUGACGAACUGUCUAUUGAGCCACCGUCAAGUGGUACGUCCGAGGAAUAUCUUACACAGCAUGUUGCUAUUCCACUGGUUCAGCAAGAGACUGAUGUUCAACACACUAUGCAAACGGAUAUAGACUCACAGCAUAGUAAUGCCCACAGCAAUUCUCGAUUAGUUAUACGGCCAUGCAUUGUGCGUCGCCGCCGAAAACUCAUGAGACCACCCCGGGUUGCUUUGCCAGGCAGUCUCACGUUUGUAGCUGAUGUAUCUUAUACUUUGCUCAUGCGUGCAGUCAUAGCCAGAAAUAGUGAGUGGUUUAAGGCGCUUUGUCCGUACGAAGCGACAUUGCGUGAUUCACGAGGUAGAACCGCACUAAUGCACGCAUCGUACUCUAAUAAUAUUGAGGCUGCAGAAGAUCUUGUUCCUUUUGAGGUAGGUUUGACGGACGUACAGGGUCAAACAGCUUUACACUAUGCAGCGCAAAGGGGCCAUCUUGAGAUUGUAAAGCUUUUGCUACCAAAGGAAGGAUCCAUUGCAGACACCAAUGGCACAACACCACUCAUGCUGGCGGCACUUGCCAAACAUGGUCCCGUGGUAACUGCUCUUCUCGAACAUCAGGCAUGUGCUUGCGAUAGGAAUCAAACGACUGCACUGAUGCAUGCCGCUCAACGGGGCUACCUAGAUAUCACUAGAAUCCUUCUUCCACACGAAAGUAGGAUGUACAAUUUAGCUGGCGAAACUGCACUCAUGAUGGCGGCUCGCUUUGGAUUUGAUGGCAUCGUGGAUCUCUUAUUGGACCGCGAAGCAGGGAAUCAAAACAAUGAAGGAAUGACUGCACUUAUGUUUGCCUCCAAACAUGGCCAUGCAAGAACCGUCGCAAGAAUAGUGUCAUCGAGAAUGGAGCUAAGGAUGACUAAUUACGAUGGUAAGACAGCUCUGAUGCUUGCAGCCGAGCACAAUCAAAUUGAAGCAGCGUCAAUACUGGCGAAGCAUGAGGCUGAGCUUCGAACAUACGAUGACACAACCGCAUUAAUGAUUGCUGCCACAUUAGGCUACGUUAACGUUGUUCGUGUGCUGGCCCUUGCUGAGGCAGGGUCUAGAGACUUAGAGGGACGCACUGCAUUGAUGUGUGCAGCUAAGAAUAAUCACGUCAAUUGCGUAGAGAUACUUCUUAAUUGCCCACGCGAGAUAAACAAGCUCACAGAAGAUCACUUUAAUGCGUUGCACAUUGCAGUAAAGGCAGGAGCUAUUGACAGCGUGCUUCUUUUAUCCAGAUUUGAGCCACUUCUUCCAAAUGCAUAUGGCCAGACUCCACUCAUGUCGGCGGCAGGUAAUGGUCACGAAGAAAUCAUCGAGUUUUUAUUAAAGCAUAGCAAGAGUAGAGAGUGCGAUAUGUUGGGUCGCACGGCUUUAAUGUAUGCCGCGCAACAUGACCAAGUAAGAGCUGCCAAGAAGCUGAUUCCCCAUGAGAGCGGACUCAGAGACAAGUGCGGAAGAACAGCGCUGAUAUAUGCUAUUGAGUGCCGUAAUCGUCGUGUCAUUCCAUUUUUGCUGAGAGAAGCCUGGCUCAUUGACUUUCACGGUAAGACACCAUUGGAAUAUGCGUUAGAACAGGAGCUGUAUGAGUUUGUAGAUCCAAUAACGGAACAUGCUAUGCUUCCUUUUAAUGUUGCUAGUCCGGCCACUUUGAGUGUUGCUGUCAAAAUUCUUUAUGAAAAGAUUAGAGAAUGUGUUCGUACAUUCUAUCAGCAGCGCAUAGACUCUCAACGACGUAGAGAUGUUAACGACGAGAAUUGUGUUGCCAGAAACACAGACUUAUUAGAUCUUUAUCAACUGGAUUUUGUGACAGAUGCAGAAGCCCAGGCUGACAUUUUAGUUUUAGAUGAUCUGCUAGAAUCCAUGCUGGAUCUCCUUUUGGAGGAUGACACCUCUCCUAGUGACUCUAACAAUUCCGUUGUGCAGGCGCAGGCACAACGCAUCAAUAUAUAUGAGAUUGAUACCGAUGAAAAGCUCAUCGAGUUUUUGGUUGAAGGCAGGGGACUUUGCUGUGUUUGCAUGGCUCGACCGCCCUCCUUUAUUGGGGUUCCAUGCGGUCACGCACUUAUGUGUCACUCGUGCAUGGUCGCUUCCAUAAGCGCUUGUCCUUUCUGCAAGGCACAAAUAACAACAGUAGUAACACUUGAUAGUCCUGCUUCUGUAGUUUCCAGUUUUGCUGCACUCUCGGACGAGUCGCAAUACAUCAUCGAAGAAGAAGAGGGACACAUAGUUUACAGGCUAGGCGAGCAGUCAGACGAUAUCCUUGCAGAGGAAUGA